CACCCCCACCAUGAGCCUGGCCAGGGAUAAACUGGCGGCUCAGUCACCGCACCCUGUCUCCACGGAGCGGGAGGCACGCAGCUCAGCCCGACCCUGCCCCGCGCAGACUAGGACCCGUGGCGUUCCGGAACUCCAAAGCGGCACUCCUGGUAGCCCCGGACUUGGAGAUCCUUUCAGAAUGCCAGAGGAAAGUUCUCCCAGGCGGACUCCACAGAGUGUUCCAUACCAGGACCUGCCUCAUUUGGUCAAUGCUGAUGGACAGUACCUCUUCUGCAGGUACUGGAAACCCACUGGCACUCCCAAAGCCCUCAUCUUUGUGUCCCAUGGAGCUGGGGAGCACUGUGGUCGCUAUGAUGAGCUGGCUCAGAUGCUAGUGGGCCUGGAGCUGCUGGUGUUCGCCCAUGAUCAUGUUGGCCAUGGACAGAGCGAAGGGGAGAGGAUGGUAGUGUCUGACUUCCAUGUUUUCAUCAGAGAUGUGUUACAGCAUGUGGAAAUCAUGCAGAAAGACUACCCAGGGCUUCCUGUCUUCCUUCUGGGCCACUCCAUGGGAGGUGCCAUUGCCAUCCUCACGGCUGCAGAGAAGCCAGGCCACUUCUCAGGCAUGAUUCUCAUUUCACCUUUGGUUCUGGCCAAUCCUGAGUCUGCAACAACAUUCAAGGUCCUGGCAGCAAAAAUUCUCAACCUUGUCCUGCCAAACAUGUCCCUGGGCCCGAUCGAUGCCAGCGUGCUCUCUCGGAAUAAGACAGAGGUUGACCUUUAUAACACAGACCCCCUCAUCUGCCGAGCAGGACUGAAAGUGUGCUUUGGCAACCAACUGCUCAAUGCUGUCUCGAGGGUGGAGCGGGCCCUCCCCAAGCUGACCUUGCCCUUCCUCCUGCUCCAGGGCUCUGCUGACCGCCUGUGUGACAGCAAAGGGGCCUACUUGCUCAUGGAGUCUGCCAAGAGUCAGGACAAGACACUCAAGAUUUACGAAGGUGCCUACCACGUUCUCCACAAAGAGCUUCCUGAAGUAACCAACUCCGUCUUCCAUGAAAUAAACACGUGGGUCUCUCAAAGGACAGCAGCAUCGAGAACAGGGUCCCUACCCUAAACACACUGUCCAGCCAGGCAAUCCCACAGUUAGGGAAAUGGGCAGAGGAAGGGCAAAAGCCAACCUCUUGGAUGUGGCUUGCAAAAGAAAAAAAAUCCCACUAAUUGGAGGAAUCCCUAGCAUAAUUUACUAAAGAAAAUAGACAUUCUUGUCUUAUAUUAAGUUGUCCAUCCAUGGACCUACCUUAAGGGGUAGACAGUUAAUGCAAAAAAUAGAGAAGAGUCACAGGAAAUUCUCCAGAGGUGGAAUAUGCUGGAAUGUCCUUUAAACACAGCAGAGGCUCUGCUCUGCCUCUCCUAGCUCCUGCAAGGUUCCCAGGAAUUUCUGGUGUUCUGUGACACCUGACUGCAAUAAUUGGAGGAGUCCCCUUCCUGCCCACCUGUCCAGUCCCCACAACCCCUCUACCCCCAUUCAUCUAAGUCUAGCCUUUCUCUGGCUGUGAUGUAAUGAGGUGGUUGGUGUCAGCUUCCCAGGGAAGACUUAUGUGCCCCCUGAAUCCCAGAAAAUGCCUGGAACUUCUUCAGAAUACAUAGUCCCACCCUGUGACCCCUGUCAACUCUUUGUCAGUGAGAACAGGGCUUUGAGGUGGCAUGAAACUUAGCCCAGAGAGAGAGAGAAGUUGACAAGAGAUCCUACUGUCCCUUCUUCCCCUUCAGGGAGCCUGAGGCUGCCCAUUAAGAAUUGUGUUCAAGGGCUGCCUUUCCUUCCAUGACUCAUUUUACCUGACACUAUGGGAGGACAAUUGUAUUGAAGAGGGAAUGUCUAAUAUAUACUGUAUAUUCUAAAGCAGAUACUAUUUGGGUAGGUAGGUGAGUGGGUCCAAGGGGGCUUGGAGGCACAUGAGUCUGAUCCCUCUGCACAGGCAUAGGAAAAGCUGGCCUGGGAACUCUGUGCUAAAGGCAUCAAUGCACAGCCCCCAGAGGCAAGGCCCUGAGCACCACCAGUGGCCGUGUCAGGCUUCUCCCUGGUCCCCAUCUGUCUGGGCCCAUAACUGUCCUGGGAGCUCAGUCCUGGCAACACAGCUACAUCUGGUGGCAGGAGAAGGGAGUCCCCACUUGGUGGUCCUGCAGCCGGGUGGGCAGAUGAGGCUAGCUGAUAGGGCCGACCUUUCCUAGCCAAGGCCCCGCAGUGCCUGACCAGCCUUUCUCAGGUGCCAAUGCCCGCCCAUGGCCCUCAUUUAGUGCCAGCAAUAAACAAGGAUCACUGCCCACUUCAGGAAUACCUUCACUUUCAGUCAGACUUGCUGUGACCUCAUGAUGCUCCUUAGUAUAACUAUGACCAUGUGGUGGGGAGAGCCACUGGGGGUCAGUUGCUCAGUGUUGACUCCCAUGGAAGGUGCAAGCAGGAGCUCCAGGCUACAGAGAAGAGGCAGCAGAUUCCCUGCCAGGGCCUCCGACUCUAGGAGUUGGGUCUCUCACUCCUCUUUCUCUAGCAGUGGAACUGCUGCCCCUUAUCCACAUCUUAUUCUUCUAGGGCUUUUUCCAGUCCUCAAAGAGGGGACCCAUUUCUGCCCUCCCUCCAGGGACCUGCCUGCACCAUGACAGAGCUAGAAUUAGUCCCUUUCAAAUGGCAGUCUAUUCAUGCUUGCUUGCCCAGGGCCCAGGUUUCUGUUCUCAUGUCCCUACCCCUCAGGAGAGGCAAAGUACCCAAGUACCUACCCCUUGGGGGCAGGGCCUCAGUUUCCCCACAGAGAGUGGCUUCCAUUGCCCUGUCUAUUUCUCUGACUUCUCUUUGAGGGAGAAAAAUGUAAGAAAUGCACUGAGAGACAAGGUGGGUGUCUGUUCAGCUGGGCAGCCAUGUGAAUAUUUGUGCUCCUCAGCUAAGGAAGGAAAAGAAACUCCAUUGCAAACUCCCAAACCCACAAACCCCUCUGAGCCCAGACCUGGAAUUCUUGCCAGAGCUGUGACAAUUCCUGUCACAUAAAGUCCCCACACCUCCCCCCACUCUAUCGCUGCCCUACGUCUUCCAUAAGCAGGUGACCACAAUACCAUUUCCCAAAUUAAAUAUCAGGCACAUGGUUUAACCACAAAUCUUUUAGAUGCAUGAAUUUAUUUAUAUGAAUGUUCUUACAGAGACAAAUUUAGUCACAUUUACACAUCUUGUUAAAGAAUCGCCUAUAUAAAAAAAUUAUUUGAAAUGAAUGAGUGAGCUCAGGAGCCAGACAUCAGCUGUGUCUGGAGUCUUACCUGAGGUACUCCAAGUAAACUAUGUGGGUCUCCAACUGAAUUCAUUCUCAAAGUUGACAGCUCUGCACUGACAUCUGGAGCUUCAAAGUGGUACCAUGGGAGCAAGGCAGAUGAGCUGGGUUUGGAAGGGACAGUAGGUCUCACACAGAGCCUGGCCUUGAAAGAGGUGAGAGGGCAUAGGCUAGCCAGGGAAGAGACCACAAAGACACAGCUGAUCCAAACUCACCUGGAGGGAUGAACACAACAGGAUACUAUAUCCAAGCGGUGAUGUGAACACACCUCUCCCUGUACCCCAGAGGUCAUGCUGACCCAUACAGAAAUGGGUUUCAUGCCUGAAAAUCUUUCUAGGCAAAGAUGUCACUUGUAGCCAGUGUAGGUGUUCCCAGUCCCAAAGGAUCCCAUUCUUUUGUAGGGAAUGGGCAGCCUCCCUUCCACCCAGCACAGACCCCAGUUUCCACCUCAGUUUCUAGAGGGGCACUGGGGGUCAUGGAAAGAGCACAGAAAGGUGCUCUGGACACUCUCCUUGCUCUGCUCAGCACCCUGUAGCAAGAUUUUUUCUUUUUCUCACCACUGCUAAUAUAAACCCAUUAGGAUCACAAUGAUUUUCUUAACAAAUUCACCUGUUUGCUUUUGUCACUGCAGCUCAACACACACCUAAAUGUAUGCUGUUAGUGGGGAAACAUGUACCAGUUUAGAAUUAUUAAAGAAACCAAUAUGCCACAGCUAAUCCUAAUAAACCAGAUGUUUUU